CUACUCCCCCCCAAACACACUCGCAAACGGGCUCUCAAGGUGUUCUCCGCACAGCGGAAGAUGGCGACAGACUGAGGGGGCAUGGCCAGCGGGAGCCACGGGGCCAUGCCUUUGGGCAGCCGCCACAGCGGUGCGAACCAGAGGCGGAAGCGAGAGGCGCACUAAGUAAAGCCCGGCGUCCGCGUCCGGCGUCUGUGGCGCUGCGGGGAACCAGGUGGCCAGCCCGAGCCGGAACUCUGGGAGCCGCCGGUGCGGAGCCAAAGCAGAGCCUGCCCGGGACCGGCUCCGGCAGACGGUCAGAGCACAAGUGAAGCACGAAGGGCCAGCAGCGGACCGGCCGGUCGGCUGGCCUAGGAGGGCGCGAGCGAGGCAGGGAGCUGCAAGGAGCGGGCAGACGGGCGGGAGAGGAGCAGAGCGGGCGAGGGGAGCGGAGCAGAGCAGAGCGCGGCGGGGCCCGCACGGCGGCGCUGAGGGGCGCAGAGCGGCGCUGAGCCGAGACGGCCUGAACAGAGUGCGAGCUGGGGGUCGGGGGCUCGGAGUGAAGUGUCGCGGAGCCUGGGGCAACUGAGGGGCCUGAUACUAAGAGCAGUGCGGCGCCGCCGCCUCAGCCGCCACCGCCCCAGUGUCCCGCACCGCCCCCCGCCGGGACGCCGGGUUGUGCCUAGCGGGCCGGGCGGCGGCUCGCCACCUGCCAGCGAGAGAGCGCGUGAGGGGCGUGGAGACAGCCCAAGAGAGCGUCCCGCGACUCCGGCCUGAGCGGGGGACCCGGGCCGUCUGGCCUGCCUAGCCAUGCGCCCCCCAUGGUAGAGCCUGGACGGCGCUGAGGAGCGCGGUGCGGUUCACAGCCCGCCCUCCCGAGACGGCCGUCCGGCCUCGCACCUGCCUACUCCCUCCAGCCUGGACCCCCCUGAAAUAUGUUCAGGGGCGCUUGGAUGUGGCCCGAGAAAGACACCGCCGCUCUGACUCUUCACCGCCGCCGCCGCUGCUGCUGCUGGGCUCCCAAGCCAAGCGACAAACCUUGCGCUGAUUAUGAGCGGGCGCAGCGAUGGCGACUGUCGCUGGCGUCCCUGCUCUUCUUCACCGUGCUACUCGCUGACCAACUGUGGCUGUGUGCUGGGGCCCGACCCCGGGACAGUGAGCUGAGCAGCGCCGUGCGGCCACCGUGGGGGGCCGGCCGCGAGCGGCAGCCUGUGCCUCCUCGCGCGGUGCCGCGGCCGCGGCCGCGGCCGCCGCCGCCGCCGCCGCCGCCGCCUGGAGAACCCAGAGCGUCCUCGGGCACCUGCAGCCCUCGAUACAGCAAUCUGACCAAAGCUGCCCCCGCCGCCGGCCCCGGGCCGGUCUGCGACGGCAUCCCAGAGCCCACUGGGCUGGACGCAGCUUGCACCAAAUUGGAAUCUUUGAAGAGACUUUUCGAACCGACCACCCCAGCUCCCCCUCUGCGACCCCCUGACUCCCCUUCCCAUGCCCCGGCCGAGUUCCCCUCUGCCAAGAAAAACUUGCUCAAAGACCACUUUCGGAACUUCACUCUUUCCUUUUGCGACACCUACACUAUCUGGGACUUGCUGCUUGGCAUGGACCGCCCCGACAGCCUGGACUGCAGUCUGGACACACUGCUGGGGGAUCUGCUGGCUGUAGUUGCCAGCCCGGGCUCGGGGACCUGGGAGGCAUGUAGCAACUGCAUAGAGGUGUACCAGCGACUGGACCGACAUGCUCAGGAAAAAUAUGACGAGUUCGAACUCCUGAUGCAUAAAUACUUACAGGCAGAAGAGUACUCUAUCCGGUCCUGCACGAAAGGCUGCAAGGCUGUCUACAAGGCCUGGCUGUGCUCAGAAUACUUCAGUGUAACCCAGCAGGAAUGCGAGCACUGGGUGCCCUGCAAGCAAUACUGCCUGGAGGUGCAGACCCAGUGCCCCUUUUUCCUCCCUGAUAAUGAAGAAAUGGUGUAUGGAGGCCUCCCUGGCUUUAUCUGUACAGGGUUACUGGAUACUUCACCAAAGCGGCCGGAAACCAAGUGCUGUGAUGUGCAGUGGGCGUCCUGUGAGUCAAAGAAGAAGAAGCUCAAGGAAUCUGAGCCCCCCCAAACCCACCACCAGCAAUUCCACCACUCCUAUUUUCACCACUACCACCAACAGUACCACCACUACCACCCCCGCCAUGACCCCCCAAGUCAUGUCAGCAACAAGCCUUCCCUGCUGCCGGUGUCUGGGGGCUCACGCCUCAGUCCCAGCAGGAUCUGGCUCUGCGUUCUUGUUCUUAUGCUCCUCCACACUAUAGUGUCCUUCUCCAGCCAUGGUGGUGGGGGACUGGGGCUGCAGACACUGCCUGCCCUAGAGGAGGGCCUGACACAAGUUCAGUGAUAACAGGGAGGGAAGACAAACCUCCACAACAUACUGACAUCAACUCCAGCCCUGCCCCAGGUUGGGGGGAGGGAGCACCUCCCACAGGAGGUGUAGAACCAGGUGGGGGGGUGGGGAUAAAUGGGGGAGCAAAUAUUAUCCCCAAUCUACUCCUGCCCUAAAAGCAGCUCAAAGAGAAUAGUCAGAGGGGCCCAAGGAGCUGCAAAACUCACCCAGCAGAAAAAGGUAGAAGCAGCAGGUGUCCCCUCCCAAGCCCCAUUCCUGGGGCUUAGAAUCAAAGGGGGGGAGUAGAGGCUGAAGUUGCCCACUCCUGCCAAAAGCCCUGACCCCAGGGAAGGAGGCUGCUUACCCAGCCUCAGCCCUUCAAGGAAUGUCGGGGGGGGCACAAAGGGGAGUAGUUCUCCCCCCUCCACAUUCCUUUCGUUGCCAAGAUCCUUAAUUCCCUCCUGCCCAUAUCCCUACAGGUGACAGCAGACAGUGUGGUUGCCCUCCUGCCACUUCAGCGCACCCUGAGUGUGGGGCCAUCACUGCUGAAGCAUCAGACUGGGGGAACUAGGCACAUGGGGUUGCAGCUAGAGGUGGGGUUGCCCAGUUGGGCUGCCCCCACCACCCUAGACAAUGAGGAUUUGGAACCUAGAUAUGGAAUGAUUGAUAAAAGAGAAGGAAGCUAAAGAAGGGAAGAAGAAAAGGGAGAAGUGGACAGAAAACCUGAAGAGAUGGUUGGACUAAGAACGCUACCUGGCUUUGGGGAGGUGGGUGAUUCAUAUUGAGGCAGGCCCAAGAAUGCCCCCCCCCAAAAUCAGAGAGAUGUGCAUAAAGAGAUCCCUGGGGAAAGAGCCCAGGAGCCGAAACCCAGAAAGUUGAGGGCAUAUGGUUGGACUGCCACUGUCUGGAGGGCCGUAUCUUACAGAAGGUGCACACACCCCUAGGGCUGCUUUUGCCCUGGAAAUCUUGGCCUUGUGGCCACAGACCUUUCAUUUCCAAUCUCCACAGGGAGGAGGGAAUUGAGCCCAAGUGCGUCAGGCCUGGCCUGGGUUCCCACACUCCCCCAUCUUGCCCUAGCCCAGGCCUCCAUGAAGGAGAACCUGGUGGCUUUGCCCCAGAGCUCUCCAGAGAUGAGCCUCCCCUACUCCAUCCUGUGUCCGUCCCCAACCUACCAAAGAGUAUUCAUCCCUUCCCAUCCCUGACCUUGUGGCCUAUUGUCCCAUCGAGGGACAGCUAGACUCCUCCUCACCCUUUAGCAGGUCCCUUUCUCUAGGUACCCCUUGCCGUUGCUGGACAAAGUUCCGAGACUGGCAAGAGGACUCUGACUAGAGACAACAUGCUGCUGCUGACCUGAGAGACUUGUUUAGUCAGGCCAGAGGGGAUGAGUGAGAGAUGAGACUUGGGAGCCCUGCUUACACAGAUCUGCAGGGGCUGGGGGCACAUUGCCUGGGCAUCUAAAAGCCAAUGAAAGCUGACAAGAACAGGAUUCUUGUCUGGAACAGGCCUGUCCAAGAUUCUUUGUGGGACAGGCCAGGGACUUUCAGAGACCAAACGGAUGAAUAAAGGGAGGACAGUCCUGGAGCAGCAUUACAGAGAAACAGCUGUGUAUGGGGGUUGUGGGGGGAGCUGCACCUUGCCAGCUUUGGGAUGAAUGGAAGCCCUUCCUAGUAGACAAAAGUUCUUUGAUUCAAGGGCCACUGUUGGAUCCCAAAUCCGCUUCUUGAGCCUAUGGAGCCCUUUUCUCUGCCAGUUUACUCAUAUCUCACAGCCUGUCCUCUGCCUGGACCCUGUGUCCUCCAUCUUUUGGCCCUCAGCACUUCGGGCCUGGCCACAUACCCCAUCCCUAGAGUGCUCUUUUCAGCUGGGGAGGGGAAGAGGUGCUGGAUCCUUCCCAGAUGUGCUUAUGUAUAAGGGAAAGGUAGGGGCCCUAGUACUGCCUUCUAACUUCUGCAUCCUCAGGAGAGGAAAAGGAACUGGACAGCAAAGGGGGACAAUAUAGUCCCAGGGAAUGGACCAUUGGAGACUCCCAUUCUCUUUUCCCCUCACCAAGUGCCCUGGAGACCCCUGGCUCAGACCAGCCCAAGGCCUUGCCCAGUGGCAGGGGAAAGGGGCACCACACUCCACCUCAAGUCAUUUGACCAACCCCUUGAUCUUCUGCCACCUCCCCAGCUGCCCCUGCCCUCCGUCAUAGGCAGCAGAGCUAGGCAGCUUUCUUAUGCCAUUUUCUACACUGUGCUUCAUGAGUAGGACUUUCUUGCACUAGUUCCUAUGAUUGAGUCGCCAAGCUGGUUCCCUAGUAGUUUCCCAUUCCUUCCUCCUUUCCCUGGCUAUGGUUCAGUUGUCUCUGCCCUUGAUCUUGAUCUUACCUGCCUCCGUGUUUCAGUGAGAGUGUCUGUAUGUGUACUGCUUUUUGUUUUGUUGCGCUGUAAGGCAGAGAUAUCUCUGAUCUUGUUUAACCCCUUAAAGAAAUAAAUUAUAAGACUUGAUAA